CUUCUGAUUGGCCGAGAGAGUAAAAAGGGGGAAAAUCUUUAAUUAAGCAGAUAAUCUCUUGUUGGGACGAGAGCAGCUCCAUUUCAGAGCCCCCUCCUUGAAUCUUGGAAGCUCUGGUGAAGCUUCAUGUGCUGGUAGCUCAGUUUCCUCUCCAUCGUCAGACCGUGUGCAGGCUUUGGACGGUCUGAGUCACCGUCACACCCUCACCUGUCAGGAUGUUCAUGCAUUUGGAGGUUUUCUAUUACAUUUUCAUUCUCGUGGCUCACAUGAGGUCGUACUGCUGCUGGUCAGUGAAUAAUUUCCUGAUGACUGGACCCAAGGCGUACCUGAUCUACUCCAGCAGUGUGGCAGCAGGAGCUCAGAGUGGCAUAGAGGAGUGCAAAUACCAGUUUGCAUGGGACCGCUGGAACUGCCCCGAGAGAGCUCUGCAGCUGUCCACCCACAGCAGCCUGCGCAGCGCAAAUCGGGAGACAGCGUUUGUCCAUGCCAUCAGCUCGGCCGGAGUCAUGUACACUUUGACCAGGAACUGCAGCCUCGGAGACUUUGACAACUGUGGCUGCGACGACAGCAGGAACGGACAACGAGGCGGUCAUGGUUGGCUCUGGGGCGGCUGCAGUGACAACGUUGGCUUUGGCGAGGCCAUCUCCAAACAGUUUGUGGACGCGUUGGAGACUGGGCAGGACUCACGGGCAGCGAUGAAUCUCCAUAACAACGAGGCCGGGCGCAAGGCUGUGAAGGGGACCAUGCAGAAGACAUGUAAGUGUCAUGGGGUGUCGGGAAGCUGCACCACCCAGACCUGCUGGCUGCAGCUGCCGGAGUUCAGGGAGGUGGGGAACUACCUGAAGGAGAAGUACCACAGGGCUCUGAAGGUGGAUCUCCUCCGAGGAGCCGGGAACAGCGCGGCCAGCCGAGGGGCCGUCGCAGAGACCUUCAGCUCCAUCUCUCGAAAGGAGCUGGUCCACCUCGAAGACUCCCCCGAUUACUGCCUGGAAAACCACACUUUGGGCUUGCCGGGCACAGAGGGCCGCGAGUGCCUCAAGAAGGGCAAGAACUUGAGCAAGUGGGAGAAGCGCAGUUGCAAGAGGCUCUGCGGAGAGUGCGGUCUGGCUGUGGAGGAACGCAAAGCGGAGAUGGUGUCAAGCUGUAAUUGCAAAUUCCACUGGUGUUGCGCAGUGAAGUGUGAGCAGUGCAGAAAGACAGUGACUAAAUACUUCUGUUUGAAGAAAGGAGGUCAGAGGGGAAGGAACGAGAGUGCCGGGAGCCGCCGGAAGAACCUCAGACUGAGGAAGAAGCACUGAGCAACCCUUAUCACUUGAGUCAUAAUAUGUGUGUCACUGCAGACUCUCUGUGCAUGUUCAGAUAGUGUGUGUUUGGACAAAAGCUUAGCAAAAAAUACAAUUUCAGACCAUCUUCAUUGUCUUUUUUUCUAUUAAAAGUUAAAGAUUGUGGGAUGUGCACAAAGUUACAUGGUAGAGAAGUUUACAACUUUGUAGAGUUUUGGUAUAAAUGUAUUUAAGAUAUAUUUUUUAUACUUUUUACAACAUUAUCAAAAGUCACUGGGCAUUUGAAGAGCAUACUUCUGACUGCCACAUUUGCCACAACAUGAUUUAUUUAUUUUCAUACGUACACAUGAGCCUUGGGGAACAUUUUAACAGUUACUUUUUGAUCAGUGGAUGGUACGAUUGUUUAACAAUGGCAUAAUCAGCUUUUGAAAACACAAUUUUCAAGAACCCGUCAGGAUGUAAUCCCAUGAAUGCCUAAUACUGUUAGCCUAGCAGUAAUAUUCGUAUAUUUCAACUAUCAUAGCCAAUCUUUACAUUUAUUCAGAAACAUUUAGACAUUUCUUUCGGAAAGUCUGGCCCGCCCUGACCUUUGCUGCCCUCUUGAUGUAUUUAAUUGUAUAUAAAAUGAAGCACUUUGUACUGUACAUUGUUAAUUUAUUGCACAGCAUUUCCUAGUUUUGCUUUAUUG